AAAGCAACACCUGACUCAAUUUCUCAUCAUCAAAGAACUGAUUCAGAGUCAGAUUUAUUGCACUUUUUAUUCUUAUCAGUGACCCAGAGUACGCAUGUACCUGGCUUCGUUCCAGUGGCAUUGGGCGCUCACCCUUUGUACCUUGAAAGUUUUCACUUUUCCCCAGACCGCCGCUCUUACAAACAUGCUCUCUCUGUCACUGCGGCAGACUCUGAGGCCCCUCUUCCUCAGAGUCUCGGGGUGCUUGGGUAGAGAGGGGCAGGUCCCUUCAGAGUCAUGCAGGCUAAAGCACAGCAACGGCGGGUGGACGGGACAGGAGAGCCUGGCCCAGGACGACCCGGAGAUGUGGAGCCUCCUGCAGCAGGAGAAGGACAGGCAGUGUCGGGGGCUGGAGCUUAUCGCGUCAGAGAAUUUCUGCAGCCGCGCAGCCCUGGAGGCACAGGGUUCCUGUCUGAACAAUAAAUACUCUGAGGGAUACCCUGGGCAAAGGUACUACGGCGGGGCGGAGAUCGUUGACCAGAUCGAGCUGCUGUGUCAGAGACGAGCCCUCUCCGUCUUCGGCCUGGAUCCAGAUCUGUGGGGCGUCAACGUUCAGCCGUACUCGGGGUCUCCGGCCAACUUCGCGGCCUACACCUCGGUGCUGAAGCCUCAUGACCGAAUCAUGGGCCUGGAUCUACCCGACGGAGGACACCUGACCCACGGCUACAUGACGGACAACAAGAGAAUCUCGGCCACCUCCAUCUACUUUGAAUCCAUGCCCUACAAGCUGAAUCCUCAGACGGGUCUGAUCGACUACGACCAGCUGGAGAAGACGGCCCGCCUCUUCAGACCCAAACUCAUCAUCGCAGGAACCAGCGCCUACGCCCGCCUCAUCGACUACGCUCGCAUGAAAAAGCUGUGCGAGGAGCUGAACGCCUACCUGCUGGCUGACAUGGCUCACAUCAGCGGCCUGGUGGCAGCCGGCGCCGUUCCUUCUCCCUUUAACCACGCCGACCUGGUCACAUCCACGACCCACAAGUCUCUGAGAGGAGCGAGGGCCGGGCUGAUCUUCUUCCGGAAAGGAGCGAGGUCCGUGGAUGCCAAAGGUCGGGAGGUGCCCUACGAUCUCCAGGACAGGGUGAACUUCGCCGUGUUCCCGUCGCUUCAGGGGGGACCGCACAAUCACGCCAUAGCCGGAGUGGCUGUGGCGCUCAGACAGGCUUCCACUCCCAUGUUCAAACAGUACAUCGCUCAGGUUCUUCUAAAUGCCAAAGCCAUGGCUGGCGCUCUGCUGAAGAAAGGCUACACCCUGGUGUCAGGUGGAACGGACAACCACCUGGUUCUGGUUGACCUUCGACCUCGCGGGAUAGAUGGAGCUCGAGCGGAGAGGGUCCUGGAGCUGGUGUCCAUCACAGCCAACAAGAACACGUGUCCGGGAGACAAGAGCGCCCUCACUCCAGGAGGACUGAGGCUCGGAGCUCCAGCUUUGACGUCUCGACAGUUUAAGGAAGCCGACUUCGAAAAGGUUGUGGACUUCAUUGAUGAAGGGAUUCAGAUCGCUCUGAGCGUGAAGAAGAAAACUGGAAACCUGGCCAGCUUCAAGGCCUUCCUGCUCAAGGACCCGGACACGGUGAAGCUCAUUGCAGAGCUCCGCCAUCGGGUGGAGCUCUUUGCCAGACCCUUCCCCAUGCCAGGAUUCACAGAUCACUAAGGAGGACGCAGAAAGCGGGCUUCUCUCCACGACACCUUACAUCAGCAUCCUGCACAACUGUAAUGUAAAAAUGUCACAGUUUUGUGUUUUUUCAUCGAACUGCGUCACCGGUCAGAAAUCUGCUCGUGGCAAUGUGUCGGAAAAUGUAAACAAACGUUGCAAUCUUUUCAGGGAAAUACAGUUUCAUCUGAGGCCCUCGUAAAUAACUGGCCAAUGUAUAAAAUGUCAUAUUAAAUAUAGAUGUACCCGUUUAAUAAAAAACAUUUCAGUGUAAUUGUUUAUAAAAGUCACAAAUGAAUAAACCAAGAAAUGGAGUUUGC